UUGUUGUUUAUUGUUUGAGAAAUGGGGAAAGGUUUAGUCUACCUAUCUCCACUCUGUUUCGUAAUCCGCUCAACGUAUUUCGCAACUGAGAGGGGAAAAAUACAUCACUGUACUUUGUUCCGAUGAAAGUGCAUCCCAACUAAACUAAAUAAAACGCUUUAAAGAACUUUGAUGUUUCGAAUGGACGGAACAGGAAAAGCAAUCGAGCGUGGAUAUCCCAGAGAACUAUAGGAAGAUGGCAUCCAUCGACCAAGCUGACACGCCAACACAGGCUGGUCCUCCACGUGGUGAAGAUGGAGCAGUUCGCCCCAGAGAAGCUUUGGUUGCCACGGCUGUAAAAUUUCUACAAAACCCAAAAGUACGUCAGAGUCCACUGUUAACCAGGAAAUCCUUCUUGAAGAAUAAAGGCUUGACUGAUGAGGAGAUCGAGUUGGCCAUCCAGCGCUCUGGUAGCACAGAGGAAGUUCUUCCUCAGAAUCCUGUGGGGCUCCCACAUCCUCCCUAUACAACUCUGCUUGCUCCUGCACCACCCAGUCCAGCAGGUUACAGAUGGAGAGACUAUGGCGCCCUCACCAUCAUUAUGGCAGGCAUGGCGUUUGGCUUUCAUCAGCUUUACAAGAAAUACAUCCUUCCUCUCAUUAUGGGAAGCCGAGAGGACAAGAAGCAUCUGCAGAGGAUGGAGAGCAACAUUGCUGCAAUGAGUGGCACGCUGACACAGACAGUCAGCCAGCUUCAGCAAACACUGUCGUCCAUCCAGGAGCUCCUGACCCAGCAGCAGCAGAGAAUCCAGGAGCUCUCUCAGGAACUUUCUACCGCAAAGGCAUCGACCUCAACCAACCGCAUCCUGGACAACCAAACAAUCACAGAUCUGAAGGCCGAGAUUGUCUCUUUGAAAGGAUUACUGCUCAGCAGGAAACAGUUUCCGUCCACUCCUGCUAUUGCUAAAAUUCCAUCAUGGCAGAUUCCCCUGAAGCCGUCCACAGCAGCCUGCUCGCCCUCCGUAAACCACACCAACAGCAGCAGCGACAUCUCCCCAAUAAGUAACGAGUCCACCAACUCUUCUCCUGUAAAGGACCACAGUUCUCAGGAUGCACUCGACGGCCCAGAUGGAGCCAAUGAUAUCAACGGCGACUCUUGCUCUCUGAGCCUGGGCACUAUGGUGCCUGUGGAUCAGGUCCGCAUGGAGGUUCAAGGCGAAGAGAAGAAGGAGGAGGAUGUGAGCCCUGCAGAAGAGGAAGAGGAGGAGGGUCUGAGCAUGCAGACAGAGGAUCGGCGAGGUGGAGACGGACAGAUUAACGAACAGGUGGAUAAACUGAGGAGGCCUGAGGGGGCCAGCAAUGAGAGCGAGGUUGAUUAGAUGACUGGUGAAAGUACCAAAACACUGCAGAACACAACUUUUCAUCCCUGUCAAGGUUUUCCUUGUUGCUCUACGGUUUUUUAAAAUCCAUCUUCACCGUCUGUUCUUGCGUCUUUCUGUGGUAUUUCAAUGUGGAGCAACAUUAGAAGAACAAUUUGGCUAAUUUUGAUUCACAUAUGACAGAUACACCCGUUUCUAAUAACAUCCAGGUAAACUUCUCUCUUGCUAGUAAAAUAGCACAUCAGUUGUCUCCAGAAAGAUGAGUUGUAGCUCUAUGAGAUGGUUUUAAAGGCCUGUAAGCAGCACAAACCAUGGUUAACUUAAUACUUUCAAUUUUUUAUGAUUUGAUCUAAUCAUUUGGCCUGUUGUCCUCGUCACUUUGCUGAGGUGCCCCUGCUGCACAGGACGGUGCAGGUGUGGAUCAGGAAUCUUAUGUUACUUCAGUCUGUAGGUUACCGUGAAGCAGUACCACGGUUAGUCUCCCUGUUGAUGGCAAUAGGACAGGACAAGCUCUUCCAGGGCUGGAGCUUUUAGCCUCUUUUAUGUGUCCGUUCACAUUGGUGUCAGUCUGUCAAUAAUUCACAAGGCCAGCAGGGUGGCAUUUGGGUGAAAUAAAAGCCCUGAAAUUCGAGAUUAGAAUGUGAUGACGGGCUUUGUUCCACGCCGGCGUCAAAGUGCUCAUAUGCUCAGAGAGUGGAAGAUAAAUGUUUUUUCCCCCUGCUUUCCUUUUUCACUGAGGGCUGAAUUGUGUGUUUUUUUGUGUGUGUUUGUGCGUGGCAGGUGAGAAAAUCCAGACAGUCGGCUGAGCUGUGUCUGUGUCUCCAGCAGGGCAGCUGAUUUGGUUUGUGAAGUAUGUUAAUAAUCAAAUGAUCAACAAAUAACAGAUGUAUUAGUUCAUGCAGCUUGAAAUGUCAAGGAGGCUAAAAGCGGAAAUCUAAUACAGUAAGCCCAGUUGCAUUGUAUUAUUUUCUGUGACAAACCCUCCGGUCCAAAUUAUGUAGGGCCUCCUACAGUGAGUAAUCUUUACAGAAAACGGCGCCAAUAUUUUGUAAUUAUGCAGCAGGAAGACACAACUGCUGCCACAGAUGGAAGUUGCAGAACUUGUAUUGCUUUAGGUUUUUUUCUCUCUCUCAGUGUGGGGGUGGAUGGGGGAGGUUAAAAAAUACCCUGUGAUUGAAAAAGAAAGUAAUAAAUGAAUUCUUGACUUAUUGAAUUACUCACUAUGUAUCUCACUGACAAGAAAAGUCCAUGUGUGAGAAGAAGGGAUAUCGUCUCUUCUACCACUUCCACCUCUGUAUGGUCGUGUUAUGGGCAGAGAGAAAAGAGGAGGGGGAUCACAGACAGACAUCAUAACCUGCAGAUUAAGUUUUAUAUACGAAGAUUUAGUCCUGAAUGAAGACAUAGCCUUGCUGUAAAAUCUAUUUUUUGAUGCAACUGAAUUGUUUUUGUGAAUAAAUAAUCUGUUCGAAGAAGUUAAGAAUCACAA